UUGAGAGAAUCAACUGGGCUAAGGCAGCCAGGCAUUUCCAUGUUCUAGAACCACCAGCCAGACCAGCCCCUCACCGGAAUGAGGCUUUCUGGAUUUGCGAGCCUCCUCUUGCUGUUUGGCCUGUUUGCGAAUGUCCAAGGACCUAGUCUGACUGAUUUUCUGUUUCCCAGGAGAUGCCCCCGAUUCAGAGAGCAGUGUGAUCACAAAGAGAGGAACCUGUGCACCAGAGACAGGGAUUGUCAGAAAAAGGAGAAGUGCUGUGUCUUCAACUGCGGAAAGAGAUGUUUAAACCCCCAACAAGACAUAUGCAGCCUACCGAAAGACUCUGGCUACUGCAUGGCGUAUUUCCCUCGCUGGUGGUAUAAUAAGGAAAACAGCACGUGUGAACUCUUCAUCUAUGGCGGCUGCCAGGGUAACAACAACAACUUCCAAACCCAAGGCAUAUGCCAGAACAUCUGCAAAAAAAAAAGAUCAUGCCCAAGAGUCAGAAUAAAGUGCGAAAUUGAAGAAAGAAACGAGUGUACAAGGCACAGACACUGUCCAGACAAGAAGAGAUGCUGCAUGUUCAGCUGUGGGAAGAAAUGCUUAGACCUCAGACAAGUGCUAGGGUUACAGGCUGCCGCACUCACAUUUUAUAUGUGGGUGCUGGGGACCCGAAUUCGGGUUCUCACUUGUACAGCAGGCACUUUCCUGACAGCCUUCUCAGCAGACCCCUGGGCUGUUGUGCACAUCUCUGAGGACUUUGAGUGCCCAGAAGCCUCGUGA